AUGGCGCUGUCGAGGCGAAAGCGAUGUUCAAAUGCAGUAGAUGUUUUGAUCCAGAGAAGCUGCAAGGCUGAGGAUGCUGGCGCUGUGAACAGGAGCAAUCUGAAACUUCUCAGAGGCGUAAUCCUUCAGGACACUAGAACAUAUUCCAAAGUGUGGUGCAAAUCCUCAAAAUCAACAAUAACAAGUGAAGCUGGACAAAUGUACUUUGAAAACUAUCAGGACUGUUACAGCUGCCUUCACGUGGACCCGUAUCUUCUUUAUAAACUGACACGACGCUCUAAACAGGAUAAAUUUGAAGAUGCCUUACUGUGUCAGACUCCUCUCGACAGAACUCUGGAAACGCCUAUGGAUCAAAAACCUAAUCUUCUUGUGUUAACUGCUAAUAACUGGAUUUAUCGUCUCUCAGCUCAUACAGGCAAAGAGCUAGAGAGAAUUUACCUUUCCCCGAAACAUAAAUUUAGAUACCUCGGAUGGGAUGUUUCUCAAGAAGUAUUGUACGUAAAGACAAUACAGAAUAAAGAAUCUGCCUCUGAACGGCAGGCUGGUAUCACACAUAACACCUUGAUGCAUCUUGCUGUCUUCACAGCUUUCCCUCUACAAAUUGUGGGCAUAAUAGAGAUUAAUAAGAAGGUAUUUGGAAGCAGUGUGAGUGAUGUGGUGCUGUCUCAGGGUGUGCUCGCGGUGUCUUAUAGCAACAAGUCUGUGAGGUUGUACAGCUCUGAGCAUAUUUUUCAGAAGUACACCACAGACAAUUUAACUUUAGGAAAGCAAAGCCCACUUCUUGGUGGAAAGAAGGUUGGGGAAUUCCCUUUUGGUAUUCCAAUCAACGUGCACAUUACAGAUUCCCUUCCUGUGCUUUUUGAGGUGUCCUGCUCUGAUUCUGGCAUUCAGAUCGGUCAUCCCUGGCACUUCAUUCACACACCUCCUCAUAAGAAGCAUUCUGGGACUCAUCACAUCUGCUCUCUUAAAGACUCCAAUCUUGCAACAAACGGUAUCCGAAAUAUGAAAUGCAGUGCAUUGGAGAUGGAUGAAAUAGUAUUUCAUCCUGAUGAUACUGGACGGAUCAUACAUUUUGGGCCAAAACAAAUUGAAGUGCUUAAAAUAGUCAGCGAUGUGAACAACUGUGCUCGCUCAAAGAUAAUGGAAGAUUUCUCUAUUACGAUUGAUGAACAGAUAAGUCGAUUGCCUCAGGUGACUGUGACCUCAUCAGGGCGUACUGUAAAAAGAAGAUUCCAGCAUCAGCUUGACGAUGACCCAAAGCGAGAGACCUUCAGGAAGGUGGAGUACGAGGAUGAGCUAGACAUUUUAGCUGUGGUUGUCACAAACGGAGAGGAGGGAAGAGCACAGGUCCGGCUCUAUGACAAUCAGAACGGACAACUACUUCGAACUAUUGAUCUGACGGAGUCUUGGGAUGAGACUUAUCGACAUGAGCUGCUGUUUGACAAAGACACCAUUAUGCACAUUGAGCAGCAGAAGACCAUAGAAGUCCAAUCAGGAGACUGCUCUGAGGAACUAGGUCUCAGCUCUCCAACAGGAGCUGUAGGAGAAGGAGCUCCUGAGGAGUCAGACCAGGAGAAGCAGGCCACCAAAGAGGCUCAGACCUCCCAAACAGGUCUGCUACAGCAGAUAGAGGAGCAUAAAAUGGAGCUUCAGAGUGAGCAGGAGCAAAUAAGGGCCUUCAAAGCACGUGACCAAGAUUACAACACUGCUCUGGACCUAGACAUUCAUGAGUUGGCUGCACAAGAGGAAGAAGAAGAGGAGGAGCUGGCGGUGUUUCCAAAAGCAAACACAGACAUUAGUGAUGUGGUGUUCAGGACGAAGCACAUCACGCUGAGAGGAUACUAA